CUUUCACCCAACGCUAGCUCUUGAUUCUCAAGCAUGGGGAAUUGCCUAGUUCUUGAGGAGAAAGUGAUCGAAAUAAUGAAGACGGACGGGGAGACACUUCGGCACCAAUCACCAUUGAAGGCCCAACAAGUGCUGAAUAUGUUCCCUGGGCAUGCGAUCUCUGAGACACUUCCGAGGAUCACAUACUCGGAUCCAACCAUGUCGAUGAGGCAUGGGAGACUCUGCCAUCGUCUACCACCCGAGAAGCAACUAGCCAAGACAGGUGCUGAUGAAGAUGGAUUUAUCAGAAUCAAGAUGGUCAUAACGAAGCAACAGUUUCGGGACAUGCUAAGGAAAGGAGGUGUUUCCCCUGAUGGCAUGCUGAGGAGCGCUCGUGGUGCAUCAGGUGAGAAGACAAGGUCCAUGGAGUGGAGGCCUACUUUACAAAGCAUACCAGAAGGAGAUGAUCUCUGCCUGGAAUAGAGAUUAUAUAUAGACUGGUUUAGCUGAAAGAUUUGUAAGUUUACUAAGUUUUAAGCAGGUAUAAACAUAUGUAUUAGGGAAAAUAGCCCAUGAAACAAACGAUGAGCUACCGAUGGUCUAUA